UGAAAUCUAAACCACAAAUAAAACAGUCGGCUGUAAACAGUGGCACAGAGAAGACAUGUGUGAGGUGAAAGAUAAAAUAUGUUUGGUUACUGGCGCCGCUUCGGGCAUCGGGGCUGGGAUUGCGCGGGCUUUUGUUGAAAAGGGGGCAAAGCAUGUAGCAAUUUUAGACAUAAACGAGGAAUUAGGAGAACAACUCGCUAAAGAACUUAAUACACAAUACGGAGAAAAUAAAGCGAAAUUUUACAAAUGUGACGUCACCACUGAUGAAUUGGAUGCAGCGUUUGAUGAAACUGUAAAAACAUUUGGAUAUCUCGAUGUUAUUGUGAACAAUGCUGGUGUAAUGAAUGAUUCUCCUUCAGUCUACUUGAAAGCAAUUAAUAUUAAUGUGACAGCAUUAAUCAGGGGCUCUUUAAAAGCGUACCAUUUAAUGCGUAAAGAUAAGGAUGGUAGAGGCGGCACCAUUGUGAAUAUAUCCUCUAUAGUGGGCCUUAUGCAAUCUUUUUUGUUACCAGUGUAUAGUGCUACAAAAAGUGCAGUAUUACAGUUCAGUAAUUGUCUCGGGGCUGAACAGAACUAUACUAGGACUGGAGUGCGCGUAGUUACAGUGUGUUUUGGCACAACUGAAACUAAUUUAAUAGCUGGAACAAUUGGAGCAAUCGACGAAACGCUUGAGGCAUACAUAUCUCCUGCUAUAGCGCAAAUGCCUUCUCAAGGAGUUGAUAAUGCAGUCAGAGGUCUUAUAACAGCAUUUGAGGAGGGAAAAAGCGGAAGCACCUGGCUGGUUACAUCUGAGAGACCAGCGGAGAAUAUCUCUGAAAACGUUAAAAAGAGCUACGAACAUUUGUCAAAGGGUGUAUUUAAUUAAGAUGGCAGCACAUGAUGUAUUAGUACGAAUUGUAUUUUGAAUGUUUUAAUAUGGUGAUUUGUUAUUUGAAUAAAAUAUUUUUUUAUGA